CUCCUGAUGGGAUGCAGGUCUGUGUUCUGGCUGGGGUCAUUGGAGGACAUUGGAGAGGACAGACGAGGACAGACAAGGACAGACGAGGACAGACGGGCCAAAAUGUCUCGCAGUCGGUCGCAUCAGGAGCCCAUCAGGAUGAGGAGCCUCCUGCACUUUCUGGCACUCUGUGCUGUGGUUUCUCUCUGUGUCUGCUAUGAUUCUCACGAAAGCUCAGAAUCCAGUGAAGUUUUUACAGAUUUGUUUGUGCCUCCAAAUCGAGCCAACUCAUUUAUCUCACCACAAAGGGGCAAUGUAUUUAACCUGCCCAGAGGGAAUGGCUUCAACCGCCACAGCUUCAUGAGGGCCAUAAAGUCCCCUGCAGAGAGGCGUGCAGAGACCUGCGAGGACUACGCUCCCUGCCGCUUCCACGCCUACUACCACGGCGUCCAGCAGGCUUAUCAGAGAUUCUUUGGAGCCCGUCCACAAAUCCAGCAACAAACCCGGCCACAACCCCUGCAUCAAACCCGACCACAGCCCCGGCAGCAACUCCAACGGCCAGCCAGGACUCGUCGAUUCUAAACUGACAACACGAUGCAAUAUUAUACGCAUUAUCUGUUCCUUUAUUAUUUUUAUAUCACAGUUUUGAUAUGACUUACAUAGUAGGCUACUAUGCGUUGUCAGUUCUGGCUCUGGGAUGAAAUCCCAGGAGAAAAUAUGGAGGCAUCCACUACUGGAAUCCCUCAACAACCUAUCAUUAAAAUCUUGUAUACAUUUACAGCUCAUCUCUUGUGUAAUCUCAGGAUAACUAAUCUAUCUAUUUUCACACCUUCCCACCAUUUGUGAGCUUUGUGAGAUGACCUGUCCCACAUCGAGCCCUGCUCUGCUGUCACGAAUGUUUUCUGUUUAAAAAAAUUGAGAAAAUUAAAAAAAACGAAGCCUGUU